AUGGACAUCGGUUUCCAUGGUGGGGAUUACAGCGGACCCAAUCAGGAAUCGGAGAGCUUGAGAGAUCGGGAUGAAAGCAGUGCGAGUUACUUCUUUCCAACCGCGGAAAGUGAGAAACCCAACUGGAAACCGGUAAGUAUGCGAUGGCAAUACAUUGCGGUAUUGACAAUGAUCGCUCUCGGUUUCGCGGGUCUUCAAGAAUAUCUGUGCCAACUGAGCAUGCAAAGAGAGAAGACCAAUAAGGGGAUUAUCACAUUUAUAACCCCCGACGAGAUUCCUACAUGGUUAUUUUUCACCUGGAAAUAUGUGCCAACCUUAGUCCUUGUGACGUACGGUGUGGGGUGGCAGAUAACCGACUAUGAAGUCAAACGUUUAGAACCCUACUACCAGUUGAGCAAAGAAGGCGGAGCCACGGCUGCUGAGUCGCUGAAUAUGGAUUACCUUACGUUCUUUUCCUACUUAACACCAGUCAAAGCCAUUCGACACCGUCAAUGGGCCGUACUUCUGUCAUCGAUCGGAUAUCUUUUGGCUAGUUCUCUGGUUCCUGUUUUGCAAUCAGCAUCAUUUAAUCUCGAACCUCGAAAAGAAGACCGUAAAGAAGGAGAGCCGAAAUUCGUUCGGAUCGAUGCGCCUUGGUCUCGCGCUGUUACCGCAUUCCUUAUCGUCGUGGCCUUGUGCGGGACUGCUUUGAUCUUUCAACUGCGGCGGAAGUCAGGACUCCAAUCCGACCCCAAAGGAAUCGCCGGAGUGGCCUCCAUGGCUACCAAAAGCCAUGUCUUGAACGACUUUCAUGAACUCGAUACCGCUCCGAAUCAUGUCAUCCAUAAGCGACUGCAACAUCGGCGCUACAAACUCUAUCGCAGCUGUCUCUGGCAAGGCGAGAGAGUCAAAACGGAAACGGCACCGCCAUCCCGAUUGGAAAACCCUCAUCCGAGGAUGCUUCGCUUAGCCGCGGGGAUCCUGUAUAUCGUGUGUCUCCUCCUAUUCGGCGGUCUCAUUCCAGCCCUGAUGUUUGUACCUGGCGCAAACGUGGUCACGGAAAAACUGCCUUGGUUUCUCACCCUUCUCGCGACUCUCAUCAAACUGGUGUGGACUACAUUCGACUGCGACGUCCGCGUGAUCGAACCGUAUUACAUCCUCUCCCGACGGCAGGCACCCGGCCGGACGCUGACGCUGGACUACACCGGCACGAUCCCUGGCUGGAUUAUUAUCAAAGCCGCCCUUAACGGUCACAUUCUCGUUUCCGUUGUCGGUCUAGGAGCGAUCAUGUGCGAGGUCCUUACGGUGGUUGUCUCGUCAUUCAACUUCAAUAGCGGGGAGACUUUCCGCAGCUUUUGGGGAUCCUUUGCCCUAGCGGAGUUCAUCCUUCUCUCGCUCAGUGUGAUCGCAACCUUGGUGUACGUGUACCGGCGCCACCCCUUCCUUCCCCGGCAACCGGGGACGAUCGCAUCCGUCCUUGCGUUUGUGCAUCAAAGUAAGAUGUUGGAUCCGGACUUCACGAACACCGAGGAACUCAACUCCAAGGAAAUGACGGAAUGGUUGGAGCGGAUUGGGAAGACAUAUGGACUAGGGUGGUUUCGAGGAAGGGAUAAACAGGAUCACUGUGGAGUGGAUGAGGAAGUGUUGGACUCCAACUAUUUUCACGGAAAGGAUAGAAGUGGGACAAGGUUUACCGGUCGUGAGGAUGACUUCAAUUGGGAGGUUUACUGAGUAUUGACGAAUCAAAUGCGAAAUGGCAAUGCUUUUAUAUACUAUGGAGGAGAGUUUGGGAACUUACACUGCGCUGCUCACCAUACCCAAUCGGGCAGUUCUAUUAUCCUAAAACGCGAGCUCGCUGGUCAUAUAUGAUGGUUAGUUUCUUGCACAAUGAAUCG